CACAGGAAUCUGUACAAGGAUGUCAUGAUGGAGAAUCAGCAGUCUCUCACAUCACCGGGUAAAGACGGGAUGAGAGUCUACCAUAGGCAUCUCCAUUUUUCUUCCAAUCACAAAGCAGAAGAUAACAAUACUACACGAACUAAUUCUAUAACUCCUAAUGUACCCUCAGUCCUUCACAGCAGAGAUCUAUCCACUGAUACUGAUGGUCACAAGAAGCCUUCAUUUAGUCAAUCACAGACUGGUAAAACAAGAACUAAACAUAAACGUGGAAAACAUUUUAAAAGGAAAUCUAAUCUUUCCUUGGAUGAGAAAAUUAACGGAGAUAAAAUGUCAUUUUCAUCGUCAGAAUGUGGAAUAUCUUUUACCAGGAAAUUCAUUCUGGAUGGACAUCAGAGAACUCACACAGGAAAGAGACCAUUUUCAUGUUCAGAAUGUGAUAAGUGUUUUAGUCGGAAAUCACAUCUUGUGAGCCAUUUAAGAGUCCACACAGGGGAAAAGCCAUUCUUGUGUUUAGGAUGUGGGAAAUGCUUUAGUCUGAAUACGAAUCUUCAUAGACAUCAGAAAUCUCACACAGGGGAGAAGCCAUUUUCAUGUCCUGAAUGUGGUAAGUGUUUUAGUCAGAAAUCCGAUCUUCAUAGACAUCAGAAAGGUCACACAGGGGAGAAGCCAUAUUCAUGUUCAGAAUGUGGGAAAUGUUUUAGUCUGAAAUCGUGUCUUGAUGGACAUCAGAGAACUCACACUGGAGAGAAGCCAUUUUCAUGUUCAGAAUGUGGAAAAUCUUUUAGUCGUAAAUCAAAUCUUGCUAAACAUCAGAAAACUCACAUGGAAAAGAGAAGCCAAUAUAGGUCACAAUGCAAGACAUAAUGUAACUCACACAUUCUUACUACAGAUGGCAGGAUCUCAGUCUGUGAAUCAGUUAUAGAUACAAGCCAGGUCUUGUUUUAAAGCUGACAAUCAGGUGAAAAGAAAUCCAACACUGCAUGGGGAUCCAGGGAAAAUCUCUUUUAUUUCAUGUGAUAAAACAUCCAACAGACCGGUUUAGAAGUUGCUAAUAUGUUUCAGACCAAUCGGUCCUUACUCAUAGGAUAGUUUGCUAUUUACUUCAAGGAAAGCGGCAGUUGGAGAAUUUGACUGGAGCGGCACACCUGGUAACCUAUUACACAGGUGUCCUAAGGUGAGCUGAGGGAGGAUGGAAACCUUCCAUUGAUAACUAUGCUAUGAGUAAAGACUGUUGGGUCUUAAACAUGUAAACAACUGCACCAGUAGGUUGGAAGUGCUACUGCAUAGAAUAUAGAGAUUUUAUCUGGAUCCCUGUGCAGUGCUGGAUUUCUCUUCACGUUUGAUAAUUUGCUCCAAAACCUUCCAAGCAUUUAAGGAGAAUCCAUGAGAAAAGGGGUGAGCUGAACUGUGUUAUUUUUUUAAAGCUGACAAUCUAGGCUUUAAAACAAGAUCAUGGUCCAAGGCCUUUAGAAACAGGUACCAGUGAAAGCUGCAGAAACCUGCAUCUCUUACUCAUGAGACAAAUUCUAAGGGAUAUAUCUCCUGAUGUGAAGCAGGUAAUGAUCCUGUAGCAGCCCCAAAAUGCUUGAUGGCCUCUCACCUUGAUAAGUGUACAGGACCUAAAGGGGAAAGAGAAGUCAGACAGGACAGGUUGGAACCAGAGAAUGAAAGUCAGAACCAAAUUGAGAAACAAACUCUGAGUAUAAUACCAAACAGGUCAAUACCAGGAAGUCACAUCAGGAGUCAAAUAGUCGAAGUUAGGAAUGGGUCAACGGUCAGAAAUGCAGAGGUACAAACAGUGGCACGGAAGACCAAUCACAGGCAACUGUGGCCAGCAGUUUCCUGUUUAAAUACUCUGCCAACAAGAAGCACAUCAUGCCAACACCAAGCCCAAUUGGUCCAGCUUCCCAUAGCCACCAUAGUGAUGCCAAGAUUGCCACGGUAGCGCGGGCAGAUGAGUACAUGGCAUACCUAUGCUUAUUUGGGAAAACCAUAAUCAUACUGACCUGCAAAAUGGAGGUAACAUUUUUUUAUUCCAUAUGGUAAGCAGUGCAAAUUUCCAAAUGCAAAUGGUGAAAUUGCUGUUGUUUUUUCACAUUCCCACACAGAAAAAGUUAAUAAAAUAAAUCCAUAAGUUGCACCUAAGACUGCCAAAAAAGUUGGAAGGCAACAGUGGAAAAGAUGAUUCAUCCUAAAUGCCUAAAAUAUGCCAGCAGUAAUGGGGUUUGGGGAUACAGAGGCUGAGAAAUGAAAGGAUAGGUGUAAGUACGAAAAGAAAGAAGAAAGUAGUCUUCAUAAUAUAUAAAGCACAAAUAAAGCAUGACAGCGAAGACAAAAGAGAACAUGUAUUAAAGCUUGUAGGGAAAUAAAAUUGAGUUGUUGCCCACGACAAACAAUCAAAUCCCUUUUUUAAUUUUCCAAAAGCUGCCUGAAAAAGUAUAGUUGGAAUGGGAUUGGUUGCCAUUAGCACUGGUUUUGAUAAUUUCUCCUAUUUACUUCAUGUUUCCUAGC